AUGAUCAAUCUUAUUGAGGAUAACUAUUCUAAAAGACUUGGUAUCUACAUGGAAAAAGGGUGGGGAGAAUGAACUGACCCACAGAAGCGAUCUUUCCUCAAAGCAAGAAGCUUGGACAAAAGAAUCAAAAGAGGACACACCAAUGGAAAUCCAGUGCUAAGAGCUAGGAGCGUCUUCAACUGUAGAGUUCAGCAGGGAAUCUACACCAAGGAUGAGACAGCUUCUCCAACUGUGGAUCAAGACUCACUUUUUAUCACCCGCAUCAUCGACGCAAUGGAGAGAAGGUUUAAGGCCACCAGCGGCGUCAGAGGAGCGUACUUAAAUGCAAAGAUGAAGGAUCGAGUAAUCAUGUGCAUUCUGGGACCCGAAGUUGAUAUUUUCUGUGGACUUGAUCCCAGUCUCAAGGAAUUUGUCACUGUUUUGAAGGGAACAAAAGUGCUGUACCCAUUAUAUGGGUGCCUAAAAAGCUCAAUUUUAUGGUAUGAACUUUACUUGGAACCUCUCAUGGAUAUGGGUUUCAAGCUUAAUCCAUACAAUCUGCACGUUGCCAACUGUGAUAUUGAUGGAAAACAAUGCACAAUUUGCUGGUACAUACGCAAUAAUAAGAUUCGUCAUGUGAAAUUGGAAGUUGUACAGGAUAUCAUUGGGAAGAUCAAAGCCAAGUUUGGAAAGAUGACAAACAAGUAUGGCAAAGAGCAUGAGUUUUUGGGAAUGAAGAUUACAUACAAAGACGGCUGA